CUCUAUCACAAGGUAAAUAUUGAUUCUGAUAAAACAACAACCCGUUCCAAGAGGCCAAGCCUUCGUGUCUUCUUUUCCUCUUCUCCAUAGUUUCAACCAAACCGUUUGUCUCUCUCUCUCGUCUGUCUCUUCUGGGCUUUUUUCCUUCCUUCCUUCGCUUUGCUUUCUCUUGCUUGCAUGGCCGCUUCCAGGACACGUCGAUCGACAUCGUACCGGGGAGGAGACACCUCUGACUCCGAUACGAUGGAGUCUUCCGCCGGCUGGGACGACGCCCUCGAUUGGCUCAAGCUUGAGCAGCACCAGUCGGUCUCCCGCUCUGUUUCGCUCCCGCGUCACGGCAAUUACAAGUGCUUGCUUGAAGGGGAACGCGUCUUGGCCGAGGGACAUGGUGUUGUUCUUGUUAAUACAGAUGAAGCAGGCACACUGGUAGUGACUAAUUUUCGUCUUAUGUUUCUGAGUGAGGGAACUCAAAAUACUGUCGCACUUGGCACAAUACCGUUGGCAACAAUUGAGAAGUUGAGCAAAUUGGUUGCAAAGAACCAAUCAGCUCCACGGCAAUCUGAAAAGUCUACUUCAAGACGGCUCCUCCAGGUUAUUGGCAAAGAUUUGAGAAUUGUAGUCUUUGGUUUUCGCCCUAGAACAAAGCAGAGGCGUGUUAUAUAUGAUGCCCUACAGAGAAGUUCAAAGCCUCUGAGAAUCUGGGAUCUUUUUGCAUUUUCCUGUGGAUCAUUAAAGUUCAGCAACACAAAUCCCAAAGUGCGGCUGCUGAAUGAGUAUUUUCGCCUCCUUGGAAAAGGUUCUUAUGGUGCAACGAUGAAUAUUAUUGAUAAGGAGUCUUAUAUGAAAUCUAAUGAGCUUUGGCGGAUCAGUAAUGUGAAUUCCAGCUACUCAAUUUGCCAAACGUACCCAUUUGCCUUGGUCCUUCCAAAAUCCGUCAGUGACGAUGAGGUGAUCCAGGCAUCCACCUUCCGCGCUAGGGGUCGCUUGCCUGUAAUUUCAUGGUGUCAUCCAGUGUCGGGGGCAGUCCUUGCUCGGUCAUCCCAGCCUUUAGUUGGCCUUAUGAUGAAUCUGAGGAGCAAUGCUGAUGAAAAACUUGUUGCUGCACUUUGCACUAGACCUGGUGGGGCUCGUGGGAGGAGGAAGUUAUACAUUGCUGAUGCACGUCCAAGAAAAAAUGCUCUAGCUAAUGGGGCAAUGGGGGGUGGCUCAGAGUCAUCUUCCAACUAUUUUCAGUCUGAGGUAGUCUUUUUGGGGAUUGACAAUAUACAUGCAAUGAGGGAGAGCCUUUCUCGGUUGAGAGACUACCUGGAUACUCAUGGCACAACAUCGUCAGAUGGAAUGUCGUCUUUUCUGAGGCAUGGCGGUUGGACAUGGGGUGGAGGCAAUCUCAGCAGUAUGUCUGCUUCUGUAUCUGCCUUCGGGGACAGUGGUUGGCUGACUCAUGUACAGAGUGUCCUGACUGGUGCAGCCUGGAUUGCAGGACAUGUUGCUUUAGAAUCAGCAUCUGUUCUUGUACAUUGCAGUGAUGGAUGGGACAGAACUUCUCAGCUGGUUGCACUUGCUAACUUAUUGCUUGAUCCAUACUAUCGAACUUUUACUGGGUUUCAGGUGCUUAUUGAAAAGGAUUGGCUUGCAUUUGGUCAUCCGUUUGCAGAUCGUAUGGGAAUUCCAACUACAUCUGGAAGCAGCAAGAUGCCUUUUGAAUUAACACGUCAAGCUUCUGUCGGGAGUUUUCCGCCCUCCCCUGGUCGGCAAUCAGUGGGAUCGAGUCCAGCUCCCAGUGCUUCUCAUGCACAGAACAACUGUUCUCCAAUAUUUUUACAGUGGAUCGACUGUGUGUCUCAGCUACUUCGGAUCUAUCCUUUUGCUUUUGAGUUCUCAUCGGCUUUCCUGGUUGAUUUAUUGGACUGCAUGAUGUCAUGCCGUUUCGGGAACUUCUUCUGUAAUAGUGAAAGGGAAAGGCAGCAAAUUGGUAUUGCUGAAGCAUGUGGUUGCAUGUGGGCUUAUCUGGCUGAUGUACGCUCCUCACAAGGAAGGUCUCAUGGUCACUACAACUUAUUCUAUGAUCAACUGAAACAUGAUGGUCCCUUAUUACCUCCAGCAGCAGCUUUGGCUCCUACCUUGUGGCCUCAAUUCCAUCUUCGAUGGGCCUGCCCAUCAGAAGCACAAGCUGACGAUGAGCUUGAAGAUCGAUGCAAACAAAUGUCGCUUAGAUUUAAUGAACUACACAAGGCAAAAGAGGUAGCAGAGAAGAAAGCUGCUGACAUGACCAGUGCCUUCGAAUCAUUGUCUGUGGAGUUGCGGCAUGAGAAGCAGCUAAGUAGCUCCUCGAUAGCCUUGGCGAAGAGAGCCAGCAAGGAAAGUGCAGCAAUAAGGCGGGCCAUACAGUCCCUGGGAUGCAACGUUCAUUUCGCCAGUGGUGGCGGUGGCGACAUUGAGACCGGCAGCCCUUUGGAUGAUAGAUUAACAAGUCGGGAAUCAAAUGGCCAAAAUGACGAGUCGGAUCUUUCGGUUUCGAUUUCGAUGGUGGCAGACGAGAAUGUUUCUUCUGCUAGCAAUCCCAUCAGCCGGAUAUGUGAGACUUUGUGCCCACUACGUACGCGCGAGGGGGGAUGCAAAUGGCCCGAUGCUGGUUGUGCUCAGCUUGGCAGUCAGUUCCUUGGACUGAAAGCAAACUAUGAUGCCUUUGACAAGCUUUCUAUAUAUGAUAGCUAUUUCCAAACAGAUUGAAGAGGGAGGGUUGUUCGUUUCUUUCUUUCCUGGAAAUCAAGAGACGAACAACCCAUUUAUGGUCGUCUCAGAAGAUCCACCUUUCUCUCCCCCACCGUCAAUCGUCAAUGCUGACUUGGACGAUUUCGAGAAAGCUCGGGGCGGGAAAGGGAGGGUUCCCCCCAUGGGCCAAAGUUGGUGACGAGAGGUGUUGCCCCCGUGGCUGAGUAUCGUUGGCUUUGGUUGCAUGUAAGCCGUAAGCUAUAAUGGUCAGCCAGGGAGGGAUUAAGGUUGAAGAACAAUGCUGUUGUUAACGACGGGGCUGGUGAGCUUGGCUAGUGGCAGCCUUGCUGUUAUCUUCCUUUUGCUGUUCAGAGCUCCGACCUCAGUUGUUAACUUCACGGCUCCAGCAUGUUGAAGACCACGACUGGGAUUCCAUUCUCUUCGCAGUAGGUAAUCGCCAUCAUGUCCAUCGAGGUAGCACCCCCUGAGACCACGUCUCUGAAUGAUAUAUGAUCGAGUAUUAUAUUGCUAUUACUGGUUUGCCAAUCAUAGAUGCCAUCUGCGUUUGUGCCUUUAAGCAGAGCAUCUGCAUUGACUGAUAAGCUCUUAGAGCUGCUGCUGUGUCGGUUGUAAACAAAGGGUUGCCAGCCCCAGCACCCACGCCACCAAAUAUGACGACUCUCCCUUUCUCAAGAUGUCGGAUAGCUCGUUGCCUGCUAUACGGCUCAGCCAUCUCUGGCAUUGAAAAUGCACUUUGUACGCGACUCUGAAUGCCCAGUUUCUCUAAAGCUGAUUGCAGCAAUAUAGAAUUCAUGACAGUUGCCAUCAUGCCAAUCUGGUAUGUCGUAGGUCUAUCCAAGCCUGUGGCAGAUAUCCAUGACUCUCCACAAAAGAAGUUACGGCCACCAACAACAAUUGCCACCUGGAG